AUGAGAGGAGGCUCUGUGAUUGGAACUGUCUUUGACGACAUUGGAGAUAGUGGCUGUGUCCCAGUGAGUGAUUGUCCAUGUAUGCACAAUGGUAAGGUCUACCGUCCUGGAACGUCCUAUCAGCACCGCUGCAGGUCCUGCGAUUGUCAAAAUGGUCGGUGGAAGUGCACAGAGGAGAAGUGUCCAGGACAUUGCUUUUUGAUGGCAGGAUGCCACAUAAAGACCUUUGAUGGAAAAUUCUACACCUUCCAUGGAGACUGCUCCUACGUCAUGUUCAAGGUGGUUAAAUGCAGAGCAUCUGAGAGGUGUGAUGUGCAACAUAUCCAGUCAGAGCUACCUAUGUUUGGUUCGGAUAUCAAGGCAUUCAAGCAGUCAACCUUCUUCAUCUUCAUUGAGACCAAGUUUGACGUCGUGAUUGCUAUCCAGCUGGUCCCCAUGAUGCAGGUCUACAUUAGGGCGGAUCACUCACUGAAAAAAAGCUUACGGCCUGGUUUGUGUGGGACCUUCAACGACAAUAGCAAGGAUGACUUUAAGACAGUUGCAGGUUUGCCUGACACCACCCCUACAGGAUUUGGAAAUGCAAUGAAAAGCCUGCCCACCUGUCCGGAUGUUUAUCCGUUCCUUACAAAUCCCUGUUAUGAGGGCAUUGAUAAAGAGAAAUUUGCAGAUUUCUGGUGCCCCAGACUCAAAGAGCCAAGUGGAAUGUUUCAACAAUGCCACCACCAUAUCGACCCCAAAGAAUACUAUAAAGCUUGCAAGUAUAGCUCCUGCCUCUGUGACGAUCCUGAGAUGUGCAUGUGCGCGAUUAUGUCUACAUAUGUGCAACACUGCAGAUCAAAAGGAGUCAAUCUCAUUGGUUGGCGGGACAAGAUCUGUAAAAAAUAUACCGUGUGUCCUGAGACCAUGGUCUAUCACUACAACGCAUCUAGCUGCGGACGUACCUGCCGAUCCCUCAACCAGCCUGACCACUCAUGCCAAGCCGACUUCUCAGCUGUGGACGGCUGCGUCUGUGCUGAUGGAUUCUACUUGAACGAUAAGAACAGAUGUGUUCUCCAGAAGGAUUGCCCCUGCUACGAGAAAGAUGAGAUUUUUGCCCCUGGACAAACUGUGACGAGGCGUGGUGCCAGAUGUCACUGCAGACAUGGAAAACUCCACUGUGGAGGAGGUCCUCCAGCACCUCCAACAUGUGCGCCCCCCCUUGUUUAUGUUAACUGCUCCCUGGGUGGCUCCGAUACUGUUGGAGUUGAGUGCCAGAAGACCUGCUAUAGCCAGGACGAUGAUAGCGAAUGUAGAAACGUAGGCUGUCAAUCAGGGUGUGUGUGCCCUGAGGGCCUGGUUUCCAAUGGAAGAGGGGGCUGUAUCAAAACGAGUAAUUGUCCAUGUGUGCACAAUGGAAAAAUCUACCAACCAGGAGAAACUCUGACUGUGGACUGCAACACCUGUUCUUGCAAAAACAGGACAUUCACAUGCACCAAAACAGAAUGUCCUGCAACUUGUCGGCUGUAUGGCAGCGGGCAUUUCACUACAUUUGAUGGUUUGACGUAUGGCUUCAAUGGACAGUGUGAAUACACACUCCUACAGGACUCCUGCAAUGGAGAUAAGAAUAAAGGAAGUUUCCAGAUUAUCACAGAGAGUGUUGAAUGCGGAAGCUUGGGAACAGCCUGCUCAAAGAUCAUCAAAGUCUUCUACCUGGGAAUGCAAUUCGAGCUCAGUGAUGGCAGCUUCCACGUGGCCCAUGGAGUGCUUGACCACAAAGUGCAUAUAUACAGGAGUGGUAAUUUCCAGGUGGUAACACUGUUGAAUGGAAUCAGCCUGAUGUGGGACGAGAAGACCACUCUCUACAUCCGGGCUACAUCAAAGUUCAUGGGCAGGGUGUGUGGUCUUUGUGGAAACUACGAUGACAACAGUCAGAAUGACUACUUAUCCCCCUCUGGAGACGUCCUUGGAGAGUCUCAGACAUUCGGUGAUAGUUGGAAGGCUUUGUCCAGCUGCCCUAGUCCACCUUUCAUCCCUGAUCCUUGUAUCCUCAAACCCUCCCGGGCGUCCUGGGCCAAGAAACAUUGUAGCAUCAUCAACAGUGUCACCUUCCAGUCCUGCCAUUCAGAGGUCGAUCCCUCGGAAUACUUUGAUAACUGUGUAAGUGACUCUUGUUCGUGCGACACUGGUGGGGACUGUGAGUGCUUCUGCACAGCUGUGGCGGCCUAUGCAAGGGCUUGCGCUGAAGCUGGAACCUGCGUGAGAUGGAGAAAUCCAAACCUCUGCCCGAUAUUCUGUGACUACUACAACUCCCCAGACGAAUGUGAGUGGCAUUACAAGCCUUGUGGAGCUCCCUGCAUGAAGACAUGUAGAAAUCCACUGGGAAAAUGCCCCAUUGCCUCCAAUUCUCUGGAAGGCUGCUAUCCACACUGUCCUCCUUCCCACCCAUACUUUGAUGAAGAUUCCAUGAAGUGCGUUACAUUGGAAGAAUGUGGCUGCUACGAUUUCCUGGGCCUACAUUACAAAGUUGGGGAAAAAAUGCCUGCAGACAACUGCUACACCUGGUAA